UAGGGUGACACAAGGUGUCAUGGGGCGAGCGUGAGCGCAGUACAGGUGGUUCACAUCUAUGUGUUGUGAAUACCUAUGCCUGUCUUGUUCCAAGCGUGCCUGUCUGGCCUCAGGAGUCUCUGUAGAAAAAAAACACUGGCUUAUCAUCAUGAACGCCACUGACAAGUGGCACUUAGCAGCCAUUUGCUGUAGGCGUGCCUGUCUGGCCUCAGGAGUAUCUGUAAUGAAAAUUACACUGGCUUAUAUCACCUGUACGCCACCUGUACUUACCUGAAGCUCUGCUGGUUUGGUGGAAGCAGCCAUUUGCUGUAGGCGUGCCUGCCUAGCCUCAGGAGUCUCUUUGUCCCGUCUCAGUUGCUGGGAUGCUCUACUGGCAUCCAUGCAAUGGUUACCUUGAAUUUGAGUGCCCUGUGCUUUUCUCUGCGUUUGGCUAGCCUGACUUCUUUCUCUUCAGCUGUUUCUUGGGCUCUUGCUUGUCUCUCUCGACACCCAGUUCGGAAACCUUUUCCCAGUGGCUUACUGGAAUACCGGAAGAACCUAAGCACUGCGGUACUGGGUUUAGGUUCUCAAUAGCCUCGAUUCCAGGCCGCUCUCAAUUGAGAAAGGGCUGGGAUCGAGGCUAAGUUCUGCAUGCAGACCAGCCCCUCCCCUUACUUAAAAGAAGACUUUUAAGGGUUAUUCAACCACAUGUAGAUAUAGCCAUCAAGGUGCCUUUCUUUCACUGCACUCAUUGUCGGUUUUACCUGUGACUAUUUCUAUGGAGGCUGUAAGAUGUGCCCCUUUCUCCACUUCAACAACUACAAUAUUGCUGUCGCUGUACCGAAAGGGUAUGACAGGUUGGGGCAAAAAAAAGCAACCAUUCCUGGAAAUGGCAAAGGACCGUACAGGCCUCAACGAGAAGCAGAUAAGGAACUGGAUACGCCGAGAAAACAUGAAAAUUAAGCAUGGUGGCAUUGAUGCGGGUGAAUCUGGUCCCUCUGAUCAGUACAACAUUCCGAAGAAGUCAAGCGGGCCAUGGCACCAAUUUCUAAAAGAGUACGGAAAAUCUGAAGGUGGAAAGAGUGCCAUUGCAACCGCUGGAAAUCCAGGUGUUUUUAACAAGGAAGCCAGUGAAGCUUAUAAUAACUUGUCUAGCGAUGAGAAACAAGCUCUGAGAGAACGUUCUGAAACGAAUGAGCAACUCUCCCAUAAAGGUGUCCUAAAAGAAGCUGAGAAACGUUUUGGGAAGAUUCAGAAGCUGUUUGAUGAACUUGAUGAACUUGGCUUUCGUGGAUUUGGUUUUGCUCUUAGGAUGGAGUACACACAAAUUGUGGGAACAUCAGAUGUGUUACAAGCAUUCACACCAGAAGUAAUAAAUUGGCUUCAUGCUGUUGUCACUGUUGCCAGUCCACCACCUUUCCCUGUUGGCCUCUUGUCACAAUCAAAGCCAAAACGCAGUCACCCCGAGCCACUCAAGUCUUCAGUCAAGCCGAAACGAUCUAGGGUCAUGUCGGAGAUAUCAUCCGAUUCUGAUUCUGAUUUGCUCUCUCAUGCAAACCAUGUACAAUCUCAUGAAAACAUACAAUCAAUUGAGAUUGAUUCACAACCAGUGGAUAAGAAAGCAAAAAAAAAUCGAAAAAAAACCUCACAAAAGCUCUCCAAGCUUCCCAAGCUAAGACAGAUACUACCAGCAAAAACCAAUCAACUAUUGAAAUCAGCGACAGUCCUGUAAAGCCUUGUAUGAAAGCAUGGAUUAAAUCACCAAUGUUCACGUUACAACAGGAGGACAAAGUCUGCUUGGAGUCGAGUGUAGAGUGGUUGAAUGAUCGGAUUAUCAAUGCCGCACAAAUUAUGCUGAAAUCACAGUGCGACAAUAAGUUGAGCGGCUGGCAAAAUGUCCUCUUUGAGCAAAGGGCUACCUCAUUCAAAAUCAUUGACGAGGGAACACCUUUUGUACAGAUCAUCCUCGUUGGCAAGUCUCAUUGGGUAACAGUUAGUAAUGUGUGGUGCGAUACCAGUACAUUGAAAGUGUACGACAGUAUGUACAGUGACAUCAGCUCUGCUACAAUUGAACAAAUUUGUAGUUUCUGGCGUUGCUCAACAAGGUCUGCUACGUUUUGCUUAAUGAAUGUGCAAAAGCAGCUAAAUUGUAGUGAUUGCGGUGUGUUUGCCAUUGCGUAU